AGAUGCCCUGGGUGGGGCAGCCUUGACGCGCUGCGCCUGCGCGAUGUCUCUUUGCGGGGCGCCCCGGCAGGCUCUCAGCCCGGCUUCGCCGCAGCGGCUUGGGCCCUCCGGCCCUCCGUAGCCGCUCGACUGUCGCGCUGCACCAGCUUCCUCCUUGGGGUUCCCACGCCUAUUUGGGCGGACUCUUGGACCCGGACGAAGAGGCAGGGUCACACUCUCUCCACGUCAGAGACCUGACUGUGGAGAUGGCGGCUCAGAAGAUAAACGAGGGGCUGGAACACCUCGCCAAAGCAGAGAAAUACCUGAAAACUGGUUUUUUAAAAUGGAAGCCAGAUUAUGACAGUGCCGCUUCUGAAUACGGAAAAGCAGCUGUUGCUUUUAAAAAUGCCAAACAGUUUGAGCAAGCAAAAGAUGCCUGCCUGAGGGAAGCUGUUGCCCAUGAAAAUAAUAGGGCUCUUUUUCAUGCUGCCAAAGCUUAUGAGCAAGCUGGAAUGAUGUUGAAGGAGAUGCAGAAACUACCAGAGGCUGUUCAGCUAAUUGAGAAAGCCAGCAUGAUGUAUCUAGAAAAUGGCACCCCAGACACAGCAGCCAUGGCUUUGGAGCGAGCUGGAAAGCUUAUAGAAAAUGUUGAUCCAGAGAAAGCUGUACAGUUAUAUCAACAGACAGCUAAUGUGUUUGAAAAUGAAGAACGCUUACGACAGGCAGUUGAAUUACUAGGAAAAGCCUCCAGACUACUAGUACGAGGACGUAGGUUUGAUGAGGCGGCACUCUCUAUUCAAAAAGAAAAAAAUAUUUAUAAGGAAAUUGAGAAUUAUCCAACUUGUUAUAAGAAAACAAUUGCUCAAGUCUUAGUUCAUCUACACAGAAAUGACUAUGUAGCUGCAGAAAGAUGUGUCCGGGAGAGCUAUAGCAUCCCUGGGUUCAAUGGCAGUGAAGACUGUGCUGCCCUGGAACAGCUUCUUGAAGGUUAUGACCAGCAAGACCAAGAUCAAGUGUCAGAUGUCUGCAACUCACCGCUUUUCAAGUAUAUGGACAAUGAUUAUGCUAAGCUGGGCCUGAGUUUGGUGGUUCCAGGAGGGGGAAUCAAGAAGAAAUCACCUGCAACACCACAGGCCAAGCCUGAUGGUGUCACUGCCACAGCUGCUGAUGAAGAGGAAGACGAAUACUCAGGAGGACUAUGCUAGUAUUUUGCUUGCUGAAAAGAAAAGGGAAACAAAGAGAUGGGGUUGCUCCAUGUUGCACAGGCUGUUUUCAAACUCCUAAGCUCAAGCCAUCUGCCUGCCUUGGCCUCCCAAAGUGCUGGGAUUGUAGACAUAAGCCACCUCACCCAGCCUACGAAUAUCUUUCUAACAUUGUAAGAAUGAGGUAACGUUUCCAUCAAUCUAAUACAGAUAUAUUUCUUCCCUCCAAAAUAAUUUGGUUUAUUGUGAUUGUAACUCCGUCGUAACUUGACAUGGAAAAUGCUAUAUACUAUGAAAACUUAGCUGAAAGGGAAGAAUUGUUUUAGAAAGACAAUAUUUAAAACACCGCACUGCCAAUAUAUUGAUCCUUUAUCGUUAUUUCCUAAAAUGCUGUUUUCGAAACAUUCCUUUUUCACCCUGUGUGGCUUAGACCCAUCUCAUAAUCUGUUAAUUGGAAAGAGGCUACAAACACCAGCAGUGUGUGUUCUGCAGGUACACGCUGCCAAAGUAAUUUCCUGCUUCUUCAUGCCCGGUCUCUGUCUCUUUUAGAGUCAUACCUUAUUUGAGUAUAGGUUGCUUAAUUUUGCUAGACUUUCUGAAAACACUAAGUUGGAGUAUCAGAAGUGAUUUUAGUCACAGUUCUGUGGGAGAGCUUAGACAGAAUAGCAUCCUCCUUUGGGAGGUGGUCUUGGGUGCGUGGAUGUUGGUAUACAGUCUUUAUUGUAAGUCGGAUACAAAAUGCUAAUAAAUUUAAUGUUUUUCUUCCUUAAUUUAUUGGCAUAGUUCUUCAGGUAGCAUCUCAUUUUUAUUAAUGAUAUUGGGAUUAACUAUGAACAAGCUAUAUGUAGACAUUUGCAUUUAAGGACAUUGCAGUGUUUCAAAGAUCCCAUUAUUGCAGCUUGUAUCCUUUAGAUCCAAUCGGAAACUUCUGGAGUCUACAUUAAUGCUCAUUUGAGCUAAUUAGUAAUCUGUUUAAACCGAUUUGGCAAUACUUAAAAGAUAUUGUAGACUAUUUAUAGAUCAUAUUACCCAUUAAAGUCUUGGGGAAAACAUUUUUUAGUUUUACUCUUCUUAUGUACUGAAAACUUUUUUUUAAAAAGGUGAUGAUGAAGUGCGUGCUGUAGUAGCAGCACAGCUGGGCUUUAAACCACACAAAAGGCUGUGUCCAAGUGCAGCCUCCUUCACCCUUCCUGCCCACGGUGAGGACUGAAUAACCAGGACGCGGGGAUAUUCUUUGUUGUCAGGGUUAUUCUGUGUGGUAAAGAAUAUUUGUUUCACAUUUAUACAUUUUCUUUUUCCACUCAUAAGUUUCUAUCUUGAGAGCAUAGUCCAAAGUGUAAAACUUGGUGUUUACAAGAAAAAUUGUCUUCCAGAACUCCACUGUCAUCACUUUCACCAAAGUGGAAGUCUGCAUGAAUAUGCUCAGAAUCUAAUAUUCAAUGUUCUGUUACAUUGUAAGUGAAGUCCAGCUACAAAAUAGAUUUAAUAUAUUGAAUUUAUUUGUACAUAUGCAGAGUAUGGUAUUUCUGUAUGGAAUCUGCUUUAUUCCUAUUUUUUCCAACUCUGAUGAGUAGAAUAUUAAAUGUGUUGUUAUGGAAAUAUAGAUUAUUGCUUCUAUAGGAAGAUAAUUAUGAAAAUAAAACCUGAAGCUAUAUAAAU